AGCUCAACAUUGUAAAAUAAAUCCAUCAGAAUGACACCUUCUCAGGUUACUUUUGAAAUAAGAGGAACUCUUUUACCAGGAGAAGUUUUUGCCAUAUGUGGAAGCUGUGAUGCUUUGGGAAAUUGGAGUCCUCAGAAUGCUGUGGCUCUUCUUCCAGAAAAUGAGACAGGUGGUGAAAGCAUGUUAUGGAAAGCAACCAUUGUACUCACUAGAGGAGUAUCAGUUCAGUAUCGCUACUUCAAAGGGUGCUUUUUAGAACCAAAGACUAUCGGUGGUCCAUGCCAAGUCAUAGUUCACAAGUGGGAGACUCAUCUACAACCACGAUCAAUAACCCCUUUAGAAAGUGAAAUUAUUAUUGACGAUGGACAAUUUGGAAUCCACAAUGGUGUUGAAACUCUGGAUUCUGGAUGGCUGACAUGUCAGACUGAAAUAAGAUUACGUUUGCAUUAUUCUGAAAAACCUCCUGUCUCAAUAACAAAGAAAAACUUAAAAAAAUCUAGAUUUAGGGUAAAGCUGACACUAGAGGGCUUGGAAGAAGAUGAUGAUGAUAGGGUAUCUCCCACUGUUCUUCACAAAAUGUCCAACAGCCUAGAGAUAUCCUUAAUAAGUGACAAUGAGUUCAAGUGCAGGCAUUCACAGCCAGAGUGUGGGUAUGGCUUGCAGCCCGAUCGUUGGACAGAAUACAGCAUACAGACAAUGGAACCAGAUAACCUGGAACUAAUAUUUGAUUUUUUUGAGGAAGAUCUCAGUGAACAUGUAGUUCAGGGUGAUGCCCUUCCUGGACAUGUAGGGACAGCGUGCCUCUUAUCAUCCACCAUUGCCGAGAGUGGGAAGAGUGCUGGAAUUCUUACUCUUCCCAUCAUGAGCAGAAAUUCCAGAAAAACAAUAGGCAAAGUGAGAGUUGACUAUAUAAUUAUUAAGCCAUUACCAGGAUACAGUUGUGACAUGAAAUCUUCAUUUUCCAAGUAUUGGAAGCCGAGAACACCAUUGGAUGUUGGACAUCGAGGUGCAGGGAAUUCUACAACAACUGCUCAGCUUGCUAAAGUUCAAGAAAAUACUAUUGCUUCUUUAAGAAAUGCUGCUAGUCAUACUAUUUUAUGUGUUUUGUGUUUGUUUCAUCAUAGGAUAUAUGAUUGGAUGCCGGAACAGCCAAAUAUAUUCCAAGUGGAGCAGUUGGAACGCCUGAAGCAAGAAUUGCCAGAGCUUAAGAGCUGUUUGUGUCCCACCGUUAGCCGCUUUGUUCCCUCGUCUUUGUGUGGGGAGCCUGGUAUCCAUGUGGAUGCCAACGGCAUUGAUAACGUGGAGAGUGCUUAGUUUGUAUUGGGCAGAGGCCAUCUGGGGGCAUGCACCGCUGUUCUGGGUAUUGACUUUUCAUCAUCGAGCAUCGUUUAUCUAUGCCUUCUAGGUUUCUCAGUCCAAUGAAGCAAUAAUGAAGUAUUUUACUCUUUAACUACAGUUCCUGCUAGAAUCACGUAUGCUAUUUAAAUCACUUGGCCAGGUAUAAUUACCAGUCAGUCUCUUUACAAUGAGAAAAUUUGUUGGUUGACAAACCUCUUAAACUAAAUAUAUAAACAUAUAAUGUUAAACAGAUGUUCAUUAAAAGCAUAGUGCUUUGAAAUUAACUAUACAGAUAUAUUUACAGUUCUUACAGCUUUCAUUUGAUCAGGUCUGAAACAUUUAGCACUUGGGGAACAUGACUAUGCAUAAUUAUACCUGACCAUGGAAAAAAUAAGUACCUCAAAUGCAUGCAUUUGCACUGGUGAUUCCAGCUGCACAAAUCUUUGUGCCAUCUAUGUACAUAUGUAUUUUUUACGUGGAUUGACAUGCACAGACACCAUUUUCAUUCAGUAUGAACCUUGAGGCUGCUGCCUUCUCCCACUUAACCAAACCAGUGCCUGUGUGAACAGCCUGCAGGUGAUCCUUGAGAGCUUGUUGCAUAAGUCUUUCAAAAGUUGUUUUGCAUAAAGUUUCCAAAAAUGCUGCAGGGUAAUUUAAUGUAUAAAAUAUUAGAAGUAUGUACUGCAUACUUAAGAGAGUAGAUCAUAAUGUAUAAAUUCUAUUCAGUGCAUGCUUUAGGUUUUAAGCAUGAGAUUGUACACGUUUACUGUAAGUCCUUGCAUCUGUGGUGCUAGGUGAGUGUGAGAAGGUGUCAAGGACUGAAAAUAUUUUGUUGCCUAAAAAAAAAAAAAAAAAAAAAAAGCCUGUUUGUAGGCGUUUUCAGUAUGCUUAUUUUAAGUGUCUCUCACUACCUAUUACACACCAUUGCUUUGUGGGUUUGUUUUGUGUGUGUGUGUGUUGUACAGUAGUUAAAUCUCCAUGCAGAAAAAUAAAUGUCCUGAAUUCUCAUAUUGGUAUUCUUUAUUGGUUAAUAUGUAUCAGGCAUGUAAUUUAUUUAGAAAUGUAGAAGAUCCUUCUAAAUGUAUAUGCGUGUUUGUAGGAUUAUACUAAGGUUUCGCUCAUUAGAUGCUGAUUGUUUUGGCAUAACUGUAACUUAAGAACGAAUGUUAAAUAAAAUAUACAGAUUUAUUUUCUUCCUUAUAAAACAAAAUUUCAAGAAGGUAUUACUUUUAUAGACUUGAUUCUAUAAUAUUAUUAUGAGAAAUUGGAAUUUAGGAAUUGGAAUCCUACCCUAAAGUGAUGAGUUUAUUUGCAUCUGCCUUUUGCUGCAUGUUCUUCACUAGGCAAUUUAUUCAUGCAUUGAGAUGUUUUAGUACUAGCUGAGAACCUAAGACUUGGAAUUACACAUUGUAUCUUUUUUUUUUUAAGCCAAACAAUGCAAUUGUGUGAUUCAGUAUUGAUGAAUUAUGAGACUUAAUAUCAAUUGUGUGAAGGCAGGCUUUGAAUGCCCAUGGUGUUGUGCUAUAACAGUGAUAUUUAAUGGAAAAGAGUUUAGGAAAUGCAGUCUUCUGCAAGGGUUCUCUAUACUUUUCCCACAUUGAAUGAGAUUUUCCGACGCUUUGGUGUGACUUAGGCAGUUUUAGAAAACUCCUAAAAAGGAAUUUCAUUUUCUUUGUCUACAGACCUUGCUACAAUACAGUGACUGUUACCUUAUGGUAAGUUGAUUAGCCAUAGGUGUGCGUUUCCGGUCUUGUUUGUUUGCUCUCCUCCCCUGUGCCUUUCCAGUCCAGUGGCAAUGCAGCUCCAUGUUGAAGACUCACAGAUCAUUAAGGGAAAAGAGAGGUGAUGGGGAGAGGGGGGGAGUUUCCCAAACAGUGUAAUUUGCUGCAAAGAGCUUACACAAGGACUGCUUAUGCCCCAGACAGAACCUCACUGCUCCCUUUCUUUCCUGUCCCUUCCCGACCUUGCAAACCAGGGUUAGCAGGCAGGUAAGGCAUAGCAAGCAGUAGCUCCCCGUGGCUAUAGGACUGAGUCCAGGCUUCCAUAUCACUAGCUGUUGCCCUGUACGCUCUGCUCUGGCCACACUGUAACCAUGGUAGGCCCUGGCCACGCCACGCUCCUACACGAUUCCCUGUCUGUAGCCAUGUGCCCUCCGCCUGGAAGCCCUCUCCUCCCCACAGACUCUCUCCCUGCCAGACUCCUUUCUCCUGAGCCAACAACCUCUCUGAGUUCUUGCUGAAACUUCUGCAGAAGGGUGUGAAUCCAUCUUUUACUCCAUAGCCGUAUGUUCAUACCUUGGUCAUGCCAUGCGUCCUAGUGCAUUCUAGGUAGGCAUAGUUGUUUGUCUCACCUGCCAGGCUGCGGGCUCUUUCAAGGGCAGGGAACUUGUCGUACUUUUUUUAUUUCCACAGUGCAUGGAACAUGGUAGAAAAUAAAUGUUGGAAUUGUCGAGAUAAUAUAAUUUGUAUCAAAUGUCCUUUUGAAUUAAGAGACUUAAUUAUGUUUACUAAGAAAGUAAACUUUGGUUUACAUUUUGACAGUUGGAACAGUUUGUUGAUACCAAUUUUAAAUGUAGAGGUAUAAUGUUAAGAUCAUUUUAUAUUUUCUGGAAAUUGAGUGCAAUGUUUGAUAAAAUGCCGCCAUUGUUCUCUGGUGUUUUCUACUCUCUGGAAUUAUGUACUGUAACUGACUGGAUGUAAAUGUGGGGAAUACAGUUCAUUCCUGUGUUGGUAGUGCCGAAGGGCUGACACAGCCACCCGUUGCCUCACUCCCGUUGUCGCUUGUGUCUUCUCCCCGCCAGACCGCACGCUUACGCCUACCUCAGUACCGCUUUCCUUGUCUGAAAUGCCUUCUCUGUCUUCCUUCAGUGUCCAGCUCAGGUGCCACCUCCGUAAACCUUGGCUCAGCUUUUGAUCGAAAUCAUGAUGCAAACAGAUGCUUACAGCCUCUAAAUCUCACUACUUCAUUUUGCAGCUGGGCUACUAAACCCAGAGAAGUUAACUGACUUAUUAGGUUGGGACUAAACUGGGUUUUGUGAUUCCUAAUUCUGUGUUCUUAAUCUACGCUGCCUUCCGAAUUCUUGCGGCAUUUGUUAGCAUGUGCUUUCUUACCGUUUUUUUUUUAAUGUGCCUGUUCUACUUCCCUAAGAUUGUAAGCCCCUUAAGGGCAGGGACUUCUUCGCAUUCCUAGCGCUGCUAUAGUGUUCUCUCCUUAGUUACGAACUAGACAAAUAAAUGGCGGUGGCAACGA